AUGGCUAAAUCUAACAUCCCAUUUUCCAAGGUUGCUUUAUUGUCCCUUGCUGUCCUACUAAGUGCUUCUGUCGCUGUCCCAUUGUCCAAGAGAGGUCUAUUAACAUCUGCUAUCUCUGGUCUAAAAACUGAUUUUUCCAACAUCGAAAGUGAUGUAUCUAACAAAAUCAGUACAACCUGUUCAGGUUCUUCAAACCCUCUAUGUCUAGGUGAAAAUGUUGUUGCCGCUGUCCUAUCUUCCCUAUUGGCCGUCGGUAAGAAAGCAGACAGUGUUUCCAACACUGUUGGUUAUUCUAACUCCACUGAUUCUAGUGUUGUCGAUGCUGCCUCUAGCAUUAUUGGUUCUGAUAACAACAACGACGUUGCUUCUGUUGUUGCUACUGCUACCACUACCACUGACGCUGCUGCUACCUCUGCUCAUGUCAACAUCUUGAGUAAGGUUCUUGCCGAUGUCAAGGCAAUCCCAAGUGAAGUUAAGACUGUUCUAGAUGAUGCUGGGUUACACUUACUUGGUGUCUACAACAUGUCUAACGCUGCCACCGUUCUAAACAAGGUUGAGUCUGACACCAAGGCCGCUAUUGCCAAGGUCCAAUCUUUUAACGGUGAUGUCAAGAGCAGAGUCGGUGGUGUUGAAAACAAGAUCCACAGUGCUGUCGGUAAUGUCGAAGAUAGAAUUCACAGUGCUGCUGAAGAUGUUAAGAGCAAGGCUGAAAAUGUCAUUGACACAGCUAAGAGCUCUGUCGAUACCAUUCUACAUUUUAACUCUUCUCUAGGUGAACAUUUGGUUACCUCUCUAGGUGACACUGAUUUAGGUGAACUGGCCAAAUUGGUUUCUAGUGCUAUCCCAGGUAUUCCAAACUUUGCUAACUCCACCAAUAGCAUCGGUGAAGCUCUAAAUGUUGCUGAUAAGGUUAAGAGCGCUGCUGAAAAUGUUAUCACUGACUUCCACACCGCUAUCGAUACUGUUAAGAACUUGACUUCUGCUUCCCCACUUGAAGACAUUGAAAAGGCUGUCACCCUACUGAAGUCUGUUGCUUCCGGUGCCGGUGACAACUUAGAAAAUGCUGCUCAAGAAGCUGGUUCUAAUGUCAUUUCCUGGAUUUCUUACAACGUUAAGAGUACUAACGGUGGUGACAUUUCUGACGUCAUUUCUAAAUUAUCUAACUUUAACAUGUCUAGUAUUGCCUCUGAAGUCAAUGAUUUCAUUACCAACGAUGGUGGUUACAAGUUCUGUCUAAACCCAUCUACUCUAUUGGGUAGUCAAUCAGACUCUUCCUCCACUUCUCCUCUAUCUGUUAUUGGUGAAGUUUUCCUAAACACUUACGGUUCUGUUGACUCUAUCUGUUUAUAG